AUGUCAAAUGCGUGUGACACGGACGGACAGGUCCACAGUAAAGGGUUAAAGUUUGGCAUCUACGAGGACUAUGGCAACUUCACAUGCGCUGGAUAUCCGGGUGUUGUCGGCCAUCUUGCCGGCGAUGCAGCUACUUUUGCGUCAUGGGGCGUGGACUAUGUGAAAUUGGAUGGGUGUUACGCCCUCCCCGCUGACAUGGACCACGGCUACCCAGAGUUUGGCGUCCAGCUGAACCGUACCGGCCGGCAGAUGGUCUACUCGUGCAGUUGGCCCGUCUACCAAAUAUAUGCUGGCUUACAGCCGAACUUCACAUCGAUCAUCGAACACUGCAACCUGUGGCGAAACUUUGACGACAUUCAAGACUCGUGGGCAUCCGUCGAGUCUAUCAUAGACUACUACGGAAACCAUCAGGACGUCAUCGUACCCAACGCAGGACCUGGACACUGGAAUGAUCCCGAUAUGUUGAUCAUCGGCAAUUUCGGUUUGUCAUACGAGCAAAGUAAAACGCAAUUUGCUAUCUGGGCGAUUCUCGCCGCCCCCCUUUUGAUGAGCGUAGAUCUGCGUACCAUCAGGCCUGAAUACAAGGCUAUAUUGCAAAACAGGAAAAUUAUAGAAGUCGACCAGGAUCCUCUCGGUAUCCAGGGAAGGCGGAUAUACAAGCACCGCGGUAUAGAGAUCUGGUCGCGGCCGGUGCUACCCAUCCAGGGUCAGUACUACUCGUACGCGGUGGCGUUCGUCAAUCGGCGCACGGACGGCACGCCCUCCGACGUGGCCGUCACGCUGCGGGAGCUCGGCCUCAACAACCCCGCCGGGUACAGGGUCGAGGAUUUGUACGAAGACGUGGACUAUGGCGUGCUCUCCCCUCAGACCAAGAUCAAAGUGAAAGUGAACCCUUCAGGUAGAAAGUGUCGCACUAAUUAUUUUAAGCAAUGGGUGCGGUUUAUAAUAUUUCACAAGCUUUCGCAGUGUUGUGAUACUGCGUGCGGACGCGCAACCAUCGUUUGCCUACAACGCGAUACCAACACGGACCCCGUACACGCCGCUCAACGACGUUUUCAGACUCAAAAAGAAAUAAUGUCAGCGCCAUCUAUUAGUGAGGACCCGGGAACUUUUCAACAAAAAGAAGCAUUAACACUCUAUACGCAAACCGGGAGCCACUGAACAGUUUAUUUUCCAGUCAGUCUAGAAGUACAAUUUUGAAUUUAUUUUACUUUAUACUUACACUCUCGAUUGGUGUGAAUAUUGUAAUAGUUACCAAGUUUAUCCAUGCGAUACCUUUCCACCUUGCCGUUAGUUUAACUUUAUUUAUGUUUCAUAUAUGUAUGUACCUAUAAUAGUGUGAUCAGAUGUUUAUGUGUAACAAAAAAUGUGGAGAAUCAAUUUUGCCAUUACGUUGUACUUAGGAUAAGUGUGUACAUUUUAGGUGCCUGUUAAUGUAAGAUUUUUUUGUAGAAAACAUAAUUAAUUGAUCAAUUAAAUGUGUAUAUUAAUUCUACGUAGGUAUUUUGUUUUAAUGAAGCUCUAGAAUUAUACAUU